AAAUUGGCAUCGAGUUGGGCUUUACGGAGAAGGUGGUGAGCUUUAAUCCAAGUACAAACUAACCUUUCUAACUUCUAAGUUUUCAAGCCCAUACUCGCGUCUUUUUUACUUUUUAAGUUCGACGACGUCGUUUAGGGUGAAAAAAAAUACAGAGUGAGAUAUCGAAGGCGCGAAGCAGAACACUUGCCAUCAGCAACAAAAACUCUCUCUCUCUGAAUCGUUAAUUUACGUCGGCACGAAUCGUCAAUUUCUUGAAUAAUGGGAAGUGAGGAUGGAAGAGAUCCAUUUAAAGGAGUGGAUUGGAAAGCCGUUGGUGGUGAUAUGCAACAAAACCCUAAUGUUCAACCAUCUCUCAGAAAACGACUCCCCAGAAAAGUUAGGCAGAUACCAGAAUUCUAUUUCUUACCGAAAUGGCCACUACCCUCUGCUUUGUUCUUCUGUACUGCCUGUAUCGCCGGUGGAGUUGGUGCUGGUAUGCUAGUAGAAAUCUGGAUCAACAAGAAAGUUAAAGAGGAUGGUGGGGUUAUAUGGGAGUUUGACAAAUAAACUCUGGAUUUUUUGGUACAACAAAUGCACAUGCCUGUCUCUCCAGCUCUCCACUCACAAAUUGAUAUCAACUCAAACUUAUCUACAGUUAUUAGUUUAACAAUAAGUGUAAUAUUCAAAAGUUUUGUUCUUUCUUAGACUUUAUUGAUGGAAUGGUAGUUAUCAGUUGACAUGUGUUCUUUUUUAAUUUAUUCCCCCAUUCAAUUAUUUUAUGAUCCUAA